GCAACCACCUAUUCGAAUCCUGGUCCGGCCACUGCAUCUAAGUCCCAUGCAUGUGCAUACUCACUCACAAAACAACACUCGAACACUUGAAAAAUUACAAAUUUGUACAAUUAUUCCUAGUAUUUGUUAGAGAUUAUGCACGUGAAAUUCGGCUUCCUACCUUUAGUUGGUUGGUGGUUUAGUUAUCAGAUAGUUUCGAGUACCUGAGAGGAGAGGAUUUCUGAGUGAGGAGAGAGAGAGAGAGAGAGAGAGAGAGAGAGAGAGAGUUGAGAAAAUGAAGAGUUCUGUUUCAGAACAGAGUUUAUACAUUGAAAGCGAAGAAGAUGAAGAUGAGGAAAAGGAAUUUACUAAGGGAGAACAAGAGGGGGACGAUUCGGAUACUUCUAAUCAUGAUUCGACUCAAAACCAGCAGAAGAGCAAACCCGAUUCUCUCAACACCACAUGGCCUCAAAGCUACAGGCAAUCAAUUGAUCUUUAUAGUAGUGUACCAUCCCCGAAUAUCACGUUUCUUGGCACUCCUACAAUAUCAAGAUUAAGCGGUUCAGUUCUUUCCUCAUCCCUGAAGAGGAGACACACUCCUGAAAUAUUCCCAUCCGCGGCUAAACCUCUGCUGCCAACAGUGGUAGACGAGCAACAACCGCAACAAAGACGUAGUUCCCAUUCCCUCCUCCCUCCUCUUCUGUCCACGAAGGCUUCCGUGAAGAAAUCCACCAAGGCUGACUCACAUGAAAUUCCUGCUACUCGCCAGAGCUCGUAUGGCCAAGCUGUGCUAAACGGCAUGAAUGUUCUAUGUGGAGUGGGAAUACUUUCUACUCCUUACGCCGUGAAAGAAGGUGGAUGGGUUGGGAUUUCUGUUUUGUUUAUUUUUGCAGCCCUAUCUUAUUACACUGGACUCCUCUUGCGUUACUGCUUGGACAGCCAGCCUGGGCUCGAGACUUACCCAGACAUCGGCCAGGCCGCCUUCGGUACUGUUGGGCGUUUAGCAAUCUCCAUAAUCCUUUACGCGGAAUUAUAUGCUUGCUGUGUUGAGCAUAUUAUUUUGGAGAGUGAUAACUUGUCGGCUCUAUUUCCAAACGCGAAAUUAAAUUUGGGCGCAUAUGAAUUGAAUUCGCAUCAUCUGUUUGCCGUGUUGACCGCCAUUGCCGUUCUUCCUACUGUUUGGCUCCGCGACCUGAGUGUCCUCAGUUACAUCUCCGCGGGCGGAGUGAUCGCCUCAAUACUGGUAGUCAUUUGCUUGUUCUGGGAAGGCUUGGUGGACAAAAUUAGCUUUGAACAGAGCAAAGGGACAACACUGAACCUCACAACCCUUCCUGUUGCAAUUGGUCUCUAUGGUUACUGCUACUCAGGACAUGCUGUCUUUCCCAAUAUCUACACAUCAAUGGAAAAGCCAAGCCAAUACCCUGCAGUCCUCUUGACCAGUUUUGGUAUAUGUACUCUGAUGUAUGCUGGAGUUGCAGUGAUGGGAUACAUGAUGUUCGGAGAAUUAACACUCUCUCAGUUCACUCUUAACAUGCCCCAGCAUUUGGUUGCCUCCAAAAUUGCUGUCUGGACUACGGUAGUUAAUCCAUUUACCAAGUAUGCAUUGACGAUGACUCCAGUAGCAAUGAGUCUAGAGGAAUUGAUACCAUCAAACCAUCUCAAAUCUCACAUCUAUUCAAUCCUCAUCAGAACAGCGCUGGUGAUUUCUACUUUGGUUGUGAGCCUCACCAUCCCCUUCUUUGGGUUGGUGAUGGCAUUCAUUGGAUCUUUACUCACAAUGCUAGUGACCUUGAUACUUCCUUGUGCCUGUUUUAUGAGCAUCUUGAGGGGGAAAAUAACUCGACUUCAGGGAUUGCUGUGCAUAUUGAUUAUUGCAGUAGGUGUGGUAUCGGCGGUCUUUGGAACCUACUCCUCACUCUCUCAAAUUAUAAAAAAUUUGAGCUGACGAAAUUGUUUCAAAGUAAAGGAAAUCAGUUUAGGAAUAUUUCCCAGACUUGUUAUUACCUUUUUCCCUCAGUGAAUGGGUACGUAAGAACACUACAAGCUCUCAAGUUCUUUUAUUUCUCUCUUAUAGUUUUCGUAGGAGGGGGGGAUGCAAAAGUUUUCCUACCCACUGUGCAACAUUCCUCAUUUUCGAAAACUCAUACGUAUUUGUAGAAUUAAUUGAAUUUAAAUCCCAAACAUGUUGCGAGAGCAAAA